AUCCUAUCAUCGAAUCAUUCAGCUAUUCAGCUGUUGGCUGUUGCCUGUUGCUAAAUUGUUAAUACAUAACGUUGUGAGUGCUUUCAACAGUGGUUUACAAUCACGAGUACGUUGUAAAAAGCUGGUAGGCUUUCUUUUCCAACUAAAAAUAUGACCACACAAUAUUCGUUUUCCGAUGUUAAGGCCCACAAUGACAAUAAGAGCACCUGGAUAGUUAUCCAUAAUAACGUCUAUGAUGUGACCAGUUUUCUGAAUGAGCAUCCUGGAGGUGAGGAAGUGCUGCUAGAGAAUGCUGGCAAAGAUGCCAGUGAAAACUUCGAAGAUGUAGGCCACUCUAGCGAUGCUAGGGAACUGAUGGUAAAAUACAAAAUAGGAGAAUUGGUGGAAUCUGAACGCAAAGCAGUCAAAUCAAAGAACAUUGACUGGGGAACUUACAGCUCUGAUAGUCCUUCAACCUCAUCACAGAGCUCUUUCAAAUCAUGGAUAAUCCCAAUUUCUCUGGGAAUCUUGGCCACAAUUCUGUACCGUACCUAUUUCCAGGCAUAGAUUGAGUCGUGAAAGGACUUUCCCAAAAAAGCAUUUAAGGUUUCUAAGGACAAUUAUUAUUAUAGAAGUUAUUUUCAUAGAUAAAAUGUAUCUAUGAUUUUUAUUAUUCCAUGAAAUAUAUUAUACUGUUUGUUUGAAAUUAAGCUGUUUAAACUAAGUUCAAAUAAAUUACAUUUUAC